AUGAUUACAGUAAUCCUAAAACCUACCAGAUCCAAAAUUUCAGGAUCCGGAUUACUGUACUUUUUCAGAUCCUCGAGUUCUCCUGGGCGUUUUGAAGCCGGAAAGACUACAUUGGAGACCCCAAAGAAGCAGACUACCAAGCCAUCUCGCCUGGGACCGGUCUCAGGAGCAACGCCUCAUCAAAGACGGACUUUGGGCGGCGCUGACUUCGACAAUUUCAGAAGAAGACGUCAGGCGAGACAUGCCGCUUAUUUGGCCACUCAACCCACGCCAACACUGUUUGUCGGGGGAUUCAAUCCGUUUGAGCAGAAGGAUGUGGGCGCCGCGAUUAGAAAGGUGCGUCAACUGGUCGCCGAGAGAUUCGGUCAAUUUUGUGACGUCUCCAGCCAGAAUACUCCAGAUGUGAAAUUUCACAAAAAAUUGAAUACAUCGAUGAAAUUGGUGUUUCGUCCCGAGGAUGACGAUGAAGACGUCAGAAUUCUGGAGAAUUCAGAAGGAUCGUCCGGUGGUCAUGGAGUUGGACAUCAUCAGAAUUCCACUAUCGUCAUUGAUUGA